CUAUCUCCCUCUCCACGGACUGCACCAAAAUCCCCACUCUGUCACCACCGUGAAGAUUGAAGAAGAGAAUUAGAAAGAAAUUCUCCAUCAACCAAACCCUAACCCUAAAAAUUGCCCUUCGAACGCAAUGGAAGCCGAAGACGAACAAUCAAAUGCAAUGAUGGAGGAAAUCUAUUCUAACGGCGGUGAGGAAUCGGCACGUAGCAGGCCAAUCAUAAGCGGUGAGCAGCUGGACAUCGAAGCCUACGCCAGCCUUUACCAAGGGAGGACUAAGAUCACACGCCUUAUGUUUAUUGCCGAACACUGCGACAACGCUUCGAUGCAGCUCGAGGCUCUACGAGUGGCCUACGAUGAGAUUAAGAAAGGGGAGAACACACAGCUCUUCAGAGAGGUUGUGCAGAAAAUUGAUGGAAGACUGGGCCCCAAUUAUACCAUGGACGUGGCCUGGUGUGAUUCGGUGGAUCGCAGAGCCGAACAGCGAAAGGAGAAGCUUGAGAACGAACUCAAUGCUUAUAGGACAAAUUUAAUUAAAGAAAGCAUAAGAAUGGGAUACAACGAUUUUGGAGAUUUUUACUAUGCUCAUGGUGCACUUGGGGAUGCUUUUAAAAGUUAUGUUCGUACUCGUGAUUAUUGCACUACGUCGAAGCAUAUUAUUCAUAUGUGUAUGAGUGCUAUUUUGGUUAGCAUUGAGAUGGGUCAAUUUACCCAUGUGACAAGCUAUGUUAGCAAAGCGGAGCAAACACCAGAGGCUCUUGAACCUGUUACAGUUGCAAAACUACGUUGUGCUGCAGGAUUAGCUCAUUUGGAGGCUAAAAAGUACAAGCAUGCAGCUCGUAAGUUCUUGGAAGUGGGUCCUGAUCUGGGAAGUAGCUACAAUGAGGUUAUUGCUUCUCAAGAUGUUGCAACGUAUGGGGGACUUUGUGCUCUUGCAAGUUUUGAUCGGGCUGAGCUCAAAAGUAAAGUUAUAGACAACGUGAGCUUCCGGAAUUUCUUGGAGUUGGUUCCUGAAGUUAGAGAGCUUAUUAAUGAUUUCUACUCAAGCCAUUACGCUUCAUGUCUGGAUUACCUUGGAAAUCUAAAAGCAAACCUGUUACUUGAUAUCCAUUUGCAUGACCAUGUUGAGACAUUAUAUGAUCAAAUCCGUAAUAAAGCCCUUAUCCAGUAUACACAUCCAUUUGUGUCUGUUGAUUUGCAAAUGAUGGCAAAUGCUUUCAAAACAAGUGUUGCGGGGCUACAGAAAGAACUUGAAACCUUGAUUACUGACAACCAGAUACAGGCUCGCAUUGACUCACACAACAAGAUUCUGUAUGCAAGACAUGCGGAUCAAAGAAAUGCAACUUUCCAACGGGUUUUGCAGACUGGCAAUGAAUUUGAUCAGGAUGUAAGGGCAAUGUUGCUGAGGGCAAAUCUUCUGAAGUUUGAAUACAAUCUUAGGGCUUCUAGGAAACUUUGAAUCCCUAAUUCUGCUGGACGAUUGGCCAAGGUUGUCUAUCACUGGAUUCAUUUUCCUUUGCUCGGUCUACUAGUAUGGAAGCAAGGUUCUUCGACAUUUUGAAAGAAGAUUGGUUGUUCAUGGGGGAUUGAAUUUUGAGGAUUUAGGAUUCAUGAUCAACAGUUACAAACAUCUGACGGUUGCUUUACUGUAUAUACUCAGAAUUAUUUUUAAAAGUUGCCAUUAUUCGUUUUCCUUUUAGCUGUUACUUUCAAUCGGUUAGGUUUUUUGCUGCCGCUAUACUAUGCCUGCCAAUUGUGAUAUGUUGAAUAUGUUCAACUAAAAUUGAAAACUAUACUGGAGACUUGUUGAUUUGAUUUGUUUAUUGUAUUUCUCUA